AAAUAAUGUAAAUUAAGCAUACAAUUGUUAAUAAAUAUAAAAUUAAAUCGUAUAGUUUAAAAAUAUUACUGGCGCAGUCGGUAGGAUCUACGAAAGAGAUCCUUUAAACGAAUCUACUAUUAAAAAUUAUUAAUAAGUAUAUUAAUUAAAGGAAAGUUAAAAAAAAAAAAAAACUCACGCUGAAUAAAAUACAAUAUAAUGUUCAAUGUCAUUGUAAGGCCGAUCAAUGUCAUGUAAAGGUCAGCUUAUUGUAUUCAAUAUCAUGCCAAUGUCAAUGUAAGUAAAGAACAGAUUGAUGUAAAAGGAAGAGACCCACAAAACAAAACAGAAAUUUAAUAAAAACGGUUCCAGUGAUUUGCACGAAGAUUAACCAAAUAAGAGAACAUGCUCAAACAUUCCUCUUAGUGUUUGAAAUCAAAUAAAUAAAAAGAGAGUUUUAAAAAAAAUACUACUAAAUUAAAUAACAAUUUUGCCGAUAUCUAUUACUUAACUUUGUUGAGAUAAUUUGAUAUAAACAAAAAAAAAAACGGUUUAAGUCAAUAAUUUAACUUAACCUAUACACUGCUCUUAUAAAUGAGCAGCGUCGAAGAAGAGUUAGCAGUUGUAGACAAAAAAUUGAGCUCUCUUAGUAUAAAUAAAGAAACAAUAAUGACUGAAGCAAAAGAUAAGCGCGAUCUCGUCAUGCAAACCAUUAGGCAGAUUCAACCGUUUGACGGCAACAUAAACUACUUAGCGUUGUACAUCGACAGCAUUGUACCUCGGUACACAACAAUCUCUUUAGAAGAGGCUGCAUUUUAUUUUAACUGCGUUACCUGCACUCUAAGAGAUUCUGCUCUGGAUAUUGUAAGACGGGAGCAACCAUGUGAUUGGACAACACUACGACAAUUGCUCAUUGAUGAAUUUGGCGAACAUACACCUGUGUCUACUCUUAUUUUGGAAAUAAGUAAUAUAAAAUUUAAGAAUAGCGUAAAAUUAUUGUGCGAAGAAAUUAACAUAGAAGUAUGUAGAGUAAAAGAUUGUAUCAAAUUAAAAAAUGAAAAUAUUUCCAUCAAAACAUUUUUGUAUAAAGAGCUAGAUCAAAUUAGUUUAAAGACAUUAAAAAGGGAAUUGCCAAAUUAUUUAACUGCAUUAAUAAAUGCAAAUUUAGUAACAGACCUUAAGUCAGCAAUACGAAUUUUGAAAGAAAAUAAUGUAUUUGAAGAUGAUAGAAGACUAAACAAAAGCAAACAAAAUUAUAACCAGAGAAACAUCCUAUUUCCCAGAGUUUCCAACCUUUCUUACAUAAAUUCAAAUAGAGUAAAUGGUAACGAGUUUCAACAUUUUCCCUCACCUAGUGGAAAUCGAUUUUUUGACUAUUCUCAUGGCAAUAACUAUCGAGGAUAUACCCCAUCACCUAAUAACUCAAAUCAUUUUUAUCACUCAAAUCCAAAUUACUUUGAAUUGAAUUAUUACCCAGAAAUGAAUACAGCUUUAAAUUCUCCUAAUAGUUAUACUAACAGAAAUAAUUUUAGUGCGCUUAAUACUAAUAUUGUACCUAAAAUAAAUUCGCAACAAAUAAGAAGGCAAAAUGAACUUAAUUCGAAUCAAUCUAGAAUAAGGCGAUAUGGCGCUCCUCAACCAAUGGAAUUUGAGCAGUCAAAUUUUCGAUUAGAAGCCUCGGAGGAUUGCCCACGAUCGAAUUAAAGAUCGAA